AUGUCAAAUCCAUCAAGAAUAAUUAAUGAAAAAUUACUGGAGUUAUCCCCCAAGAAUAAUUCGAUAAAUAAAGCCAAAUUAGAUUCAAUAACUGCUUUAAAUUAUGGAGCAUCAUUGAAAAAUGGGAUAUUGGGUAAGGAUAAACAAGAAAAAGUUAAUUCAAUUGUUGUUUUGGCAAAAUUAUUAGAAUACGUUAUUGGUAGUGAAGCAGUUUCAAAUGAUUUUACAAAUAUAUUAGAUUAUACUUGUUUUAGAGCAUUAUUUUCGGUUGUUAGUCUGAAUUUAGCAAUUGAAACUUAUAGAGCUAUAUUGAAAAUAGCAUCAGUAACUAUAAGUGGAUCAAUUUUUAAAUCAAAAGAUGAUUCAAUUGAUAAAUAUACUCCAAUUUAUGAUUCAUUAAUUCAUUGUAUGGAUGUGAUUGAUAUUAUAACUCAAAAAUUAUAUCUAACUGAUAACAAAAUAAUUUUUUUUUCAAUUAAAUUAGUAACUGAUUUAAUUAAUAAAUCUUUAAAAUUUAAUUAUAAUAGUAUAAUUUUAUUAGCUGCUAGAUUAAAACAUGUCAAUUUUUUUGCAACUGUUGGUAAUCUGAUUGAAACUGAUGAUCAACCUUUAUUAGAUGCUAUUCAUAAUUUAAAAAUUGCUUAUUAUAAUUUGAAUGAAUAUUUAAAUGAUACCACUUUUGAUUUAUCAAUACAAUCCCAUCAAUUAAUGUUAAAUAAUUUAUACAUUAAUUUAGAAACUUCUCUUAAUGAAUAUGGUACUCCUGCAACAACCGAUGAAUUUAUUAAAGCAGGUUUUACAAAUAAUCCAAAAAAAUUCAUUAUCGAAAAUUUUACAAUAUUAUUAGCAAUGAAUUUAGAAAUUUUUUUAAAAGAUCCAAAUAUUACUUUUAAAAAAAAAUUUCAUGAAGAAUUAAUGAUGAGUGAUCAUUCAAGAACUUUCCCCUUAUGUUUAUUUAUUGAAAAAGUUACUGACUUAUGGAUUAAAAUUUUCCAUAAUCAUGAAAGUUUCCCAAAUAUUUACUUAUCAAUUUUAAGUUGGGAAUUAAUGAUUUAUUAUACAAUGAAUAAUUGUUUGAUUUUAUGGCAAGAAACAAAAGCUCAAUUAGAUUCAAAUGAUGUUGAUGGCAUUUUACAUUUAUUGGAAUCUUAUACCAUCAAUUUAGAAUUUGAUUUGGCUAAUUCAAAUAAACCAAUUGAAGAAAUUUUGGAUAUUACUUCUUCCCAUGAUAGUGAAGAUAUGAGAAGAGAUCAGAUUUUAAAUUUAAAAUUGAAACAUCAAAAUUUUUGGACAAAUAGGUUCAUUGAAUUUGAUCAUCAUUUAGCAAGUGAAGUCAUGGAUUUUGUCUGUGAACAAAGAGUUAUUCAAUUAUUAAAAGGUUCUUGGGUCUAUACUGAAAAUCAUGGUGAAUACCUAUUGAAAAAUAAGGAUAAAAAAUCUAAUUUUAAAUAUUAUUUUAUUUUAUUAUCUCCAAAUAGAAAAUCGGUUUACUUCAAAGAAUUUGUUGAAAAACCUUUAAUUAAUCCUUCCUUUGAAGAAAUGGAAACCCAAUCGAUCAAUUUAUCGGAUAUUCAUCAAUUUAAAUCCUCUAAAAUUGGUGAUCAUGUUGGUGAAGAGGAUAAAAAGAAAAAUAAUAAAUUAAUCACAGUCAGAGGUACAAUCUCUUAUGAAAAAAUCGUCUUGGUUGGUGAAAAUAAUAAAAAAUUAUUAAGUUUUUAUACUGAUACUCAAGUUAAUAAAUAUGUGUGGUUAGAUGGGUUGAAAAUGUUAAAAGGUAUGAUUCAUGAAGGUCAAUUAAGUGAAGAUACUGAAAAACAAUUGGAUUGCUUAAUCGAUAUUAGAAGAAAUACUCAGCUUUUAAGUUUAGAAAGUAAAUCAAUGGGUGGUGAACUAAAUGCAGUUAAUUUAGAUAAAGAUAGUGAAGAUGAUGAUGAAUAUUAUGAUUUGGCAGAAUUAAUCGAAUUAGGUACUGACAAUUAUCAUUAUAGAUAG